AUGACAGAAAAUGCAGAAGCACCGACUAAAAUCAGACUAUUCAUAGGCUCGAUUUCGCCGUUAUUGGCUCAAAGUAUUGAUGAGCUUAGUGCUCGUUUUGAAAAGUAUGGCAAGCCACUGGCUCCGAUUGAACUUCAUCACAAGCCCAUUUUGGAUUCGUACUACGGAUUUCUUAAUUUCGAGACUACACCACAACAGUAUGAUACCAUGAAGAAAGCAUUUGCUAAGCUUAAAUUCAAAGGAUCAGUUAUUAGCAUUGAAAAAGCCAAGCUGGAUUUUCAAGAUCAAUGGGCACGCGAACAAGCACGGCCAAAUCCACCACCAUCAAAAGACGCUCUGCGGCGGCGAUACGGUCCUGCACGACGAGGCAUCGACGAAAUUCCUGGACGGAUGAGAACAACGCUAAGACGAAAGUAUCGAUACAUGACAUUUCGGAUCAUAGUAGGGAAUAGAAAAAAGGUGCUAAAUUGUCCACGCAAAAAGCUGUGGGGCUUUAUGCGAGACCGUAAAUUGGAUGAGGUGGUGUGGCAAUAUUCUAAUCGGCAGUGGAGAGAUGGUAACGGAGAUGUCAUUGAAACUGUGGAUUUCCGACCGGUAGCCCCUAAGAGUGUCGGAGGAGUUAAUUUUGAUGCAGCUGAGGAGGAAAAUAGUGAAGAACAGGAAGAGGAAGAGGAGCGACAGCGGAACUUGUCAAUUUUAGAGAAGAUGUUUGGCGGGGCCAGCGAGGACUACAUCCCUAAGGCCACCCUGGACUCUAAGAAUGAUCUGGAUGAAGAGAUUCAGGAAGAUGAUGAAGAUGAUGAUGAAGAUGAUGACGAUGAUGAUAUGGCUGAUUGGGAAAAUCACCAAAACUUUCACAAAGUUGAAUCCGUGGAAGAGCAAGAGCAAGAGCAAGAACAGGAACAGGAACAGGAACAGGAACAGGAACAUGAAGAAGCGCAGGAAGAACAAGAACCCGAGGAGCCCACAGAGUCAAUCUCUGUUGAGGAAGACAUUGAACCUGCGCCAGCUACUAAACCAAGCACUAAGACCCUGCGAAGUUUGUUUAACCCGACUGAGGGCUCUGGUCAGUUUUCUCUUUUUGGGAAUGAUUUUGCAGACUCUGAAGAUCUCGACAAUACAGUUCUCGAGCAGCUCGAUGCUGAAGCCGUUCGACAAAAGAAACGACCUGCAGAGGCAUCUUUAUUCGAUACACUUCCUUCCGGUGGGGUUUCAUCCGCGGAGCGCAAGGGCUUGUUUUUCGGACACUUUGAAUCGCCGUUUUUGUCGUCACAGGCACAGGCCGCACAACUGCCAGCCUUACAGCAGUUUGACAGCGAAAAAUGGGAAUCAUUAUUCUACGCGCGCCGGAGUGACUGGGCAAAGAAAUUUAAGGGUCGUCGGCGCGAAGCUCUGCGGCAGAUUGAGCGUAAGAACAAAGCGCGCCGGCGGACUGCGGUGGUUUGA